AUGACAGUGGAUGAUGUAAUGUCAUCCCUGUGGAGGAAUUUCCCAACAGCCACCAACUUCACUUCUUUCCAGAGCUCUUCCAGUGCCCGACACAGUGUGGCCAGACUGGAGCAGCCCGGGGCCCAGUUCUGUGUGGGAGACACACUGAAUGUGCUGGUGGAGAUGAGAGACUAUAGGGGGCGACCAAAGGCCUAUGGAGGAGACUUCAUUCUGGCUCGGAUCCACUCUCCCAAACUUCAGGCGUCUGCAUCAGGAGAUGUCACUGACUUCCGCAAUGGCUCCUACCGUGUGCAUUUCACCUUGUUCUGGCCUGGGGAGGUGCAGGUCUCUGUGCUGCUGAUCCACCCCUCUGAGGCAGUGCAAGUCCUCUGGAGAACAGCAAAACAGAACUACAAUAAGGUUGCAUACACGGGAACCUUUGUCAAUGGGAGCAAAACGGAAAAAUCUCUUUGUGGUCUCCGACUGAACACAGAUAAACCUCUGUGUGAGUACAAAGAUGAGAAGGAAGAAGAAUACUUUGCCUGCAUCCAGCCACCAACUCUUUCUUGCAGUUCUCUCAACACCAUGACCUCCUACAACACCCCAGGACCUUCUCUCACAAAGGAGGAGACCCAGCUUCUGGCCCAGUGGACUUCCUCCUUUUGUCAAACAGGUUCCUUUCUUAAUGAAGAUGCCAUUAACAGCUGUUUGAUGGGAAAGAGACUCUACCUCAAGGGUGACUCCACUACACGUCAGUGGAUAGAGUAUUUGGAAAAGAACUUGAAAGGUCUGACAUACAUAAAACCAGUUGAUCCUUUUUCAUCUGAGCUGGCUGUUGAUGCCCAUAGGAGCAUCACUGUUCAGUGGAAAAAUCACGGGCAUCCCUGGAUUACUCAUCACAGCAACCAAGUAAAUAAGUGUCCGUACAUUUCCAGAGGUUUGGACACCUUAGAUCUUGGUGGGGACGGGCAGGAUAUAGUGGUCAUUGGAAUAGGACAGCACUUCCGGGCCUUCCCUCUGGAGUUCUUCAUCCACAGGCUCCUCAAUAUCCGUCGAGCGAUCUUACGACUACAGGCCCGGAGCCCUCAAACCCAGGUCUUCAUCAAGCUGGAGAACAACAGGGAGUUCAGCUCAGUGAUUCUGCGUCUGAGUGACUGGUACGGCCACAUGCAGAACCUGGCUCAGAGGAAGGUGUUUGGGGACCUGAAGGUGGGGCUGGUAGAUGCCUGGGACAUGUCAGUGGCCGCCAACACCUUUGCUAUCCACCCUAACAAGAUUGUUGUCUCUAACGAAGUGGCUGUCGCACUGUCAUACCUCUGUCAUGAUCUGUAG